UAACUGUCACGCUAUUCAUAUUUAUCAACCAUAAUAUAAAAUGUCAAAGCAACGCUCCCAGAAAGGAAAAACUGAUGCAUACUCUGCUUCCGAAGAAAGUAGCUUAGCGACACCAUUACAGGAAGGCACCGAUCCUGAAUCUCUCUUAUUCCCGGAAUUUUCGGAUCAGGAUAUAAACUCGGAAAGAUGGGAUAAUACAUCAGCCAAGGAUAAAUCUACACUAAACAUUAUUAAAGUGGUCUAUGACGAUCCUCACCAAAUACAUCUGCCCUCCGGUUUGACGGUAAAUCAGUGGAAAAGAUGUAAUGAAGUAUUUGAUGUUAAUUUUGUAGUUUACUCGACUUUGACGGAAUAUCCAGAUUUUCUAACUCCAAACCAGCACCUCCUAAAUAUAGAAUUCUAUAGAAAUUUUAUAUCAACUAUAGAAAAUCUAUUAUAUAUUAGCAGUACUAAACCGUUUCCCACAGAAUAUGGCAAUCCUGGAUAUUAUACAUUAGAGCAACUUCGUCCGUGGCGUCCUUGGCACCACAUUUAUUCCCAAUGUAAAAUUGUUAAAGGAGAACAUUCGGCAGUAUACAAUUCUGCGGGAAAAUAUGUAGUGCGCCUUUUUUGGCUAGGAACAUGGCGUAAGGUUUACGUUGAUGAUAAGCUUCCUCUAGAUGAUGAUAAUAAAUUAUUGUUGCCAACACUAUAUAAACAAAAAGAAGUUUUUCCUAUGGAAAAUAACACAACUGUUGCGGCAAAACGUGUGAAAAGUAAACCAAAAACUGCUGCUUCAUCAGUAAAAAAAGAUACAGUGGAUAUUUGGCCUAUGAUACUUUGCAAGGCACUGCUUAAAUUGGCAAGUUUGACAAGAAGCAAAAUUAGUAAAUAUAAUGAUUUUGAUAUAGUUAAUUGCUUAACUGGAUGGAUACCUCAAAAACUGCAUACAAAAGAUAUUUCCAAUAACGAUCUAUGGGACGUAUUUACUGCAUACGUGGAUCGUUUUGAAUGGCCGGAUAAUAAAGAUGGAAGUACUAAAAAAACCGGAAGCACAAAGAAAUCAAAAGAGACCCCGAAAAAGGGGGUCAAAGAGACGAUUCCGGCUGGCAUUGAGAACAUGAAGGAUGGCCACCGUUUUGUAAUUUUAUCGUGUAAUAACUCAGUUUUCCAAGGUAGCCAAACAUUCUAUUCUUAUGUUAGCCAAGUCAGAGAUAUUCCCAUAAAUCCAACACCUCCACGACCAGAACUUGAAUUUUGGAAAACUUUUCGUUAUGAAAAGUGGGCCACAGCUCAAGGAAUAAUACCACCCGACAUUAAAAAACUACAGAUCAAAUCUUUAAAGGUGGUAGACUCUUUUAAGCGAUUCAAUCGCCUUAUCGAAGAAUCACAACUAAAUCAGUUUGAAGAGAUGGAAGUUAUCGAUAAAAAAUCUGAAAAAAGUUCGAAAUCGUCAAAAAAAGUAACAAAAGAGGUCAAGUCUUUAGAACCGGAUCCAUCUAUGUGGUUAGACUUAAAUGAUGUCCAAGAAACCCUAUUAUAUGUUACGAUUUACUACCAGCCAAGAGGUUUUAAGUCAAAAAUUAAAAUAUCUGACAUUAAUUUUAUUCAGAAAAGUACCGAUUUUAAGCAAAUUAUCUAUCCGUAUAUACCUAAACAAAUAGGAAAUGAUCCUAUUUAUGCAUUUCUGGAUUCGAUUGAUUAUAAAUUAUUGCUUUUAAAUUUGGCUCAGGAGGGGGAUAAAACGGCUUUAUGCAUCCCAGAACAAGAGGAGGAAGAAGAAAUUAUAAGCGAAAGUUUAGCAGAAUCGAUAGAUAUAUGCGAAGAAAUUGUGUUAGCAAAAACUAAACAGGAAAGCCGAUGUUCUUCAUUAGACGAUACAGCGAAGAGAAAAUCCAUAUACGGUCAAAAAAGCCAACCUGUAAGCUUAGUUAUAGAGGACUACGAUUGGAAGUCAAACAUAAUAAGCCAGAAUACUAUGAGUAUUAAUACCUAUGGCACAAAAAGUUUAUUAAUUGGACUGAAUCCUGGAAGAAAAUCAUAUAGAAUCUGGAUAUCAUCUUCAUCUUCAUAUGUGCUUCAAGUGUUUUCGGAUACUCCUAUUACUAUCGGUUGUCGCGAGGAAUAUUUAAUGGCUUGUGGCCAAGAGUCUCAAAUGCUGACCAACCUGUGCUAUGAGUUAGGAAGCGGCUUUGGUCAGUUGGUGCAAUCUCUUGGGCUACCAGAACACUCUAUAAACCUAAGGAGCUUCUACCAAUGCUACAAACCAUAUCGACAAUUAUCCAAAAAACAAUUGGCCCUAAUCCACAGAGUAUUUUUCGAAGAGCUUUGUACAAUUAUUGUGGAAAAAACUACAGUACCCAAUGCAUUAGAUGUUGUUAAGCUUCUGUUUCUUCAACUGAAAACAUAUGAAUACAUUAAUCCUUAUGUAGAAACACCACAUUUAUAUCCGGAAAAUUUUCCAAGAGAGGAUCAAGUUGAGUAUGCAAAAAGUAUGCAAAGGGCUGCUGUUAAGAUACAAGCGUUUUUUAAAAAAGUUUAUAUUAGGUUAAUUUUAAAGAAGUUGCAAGAUUACAAGUUAUAUGCUGAAAUUUUGGAAAGUCUUAAAAAAAUCUACCAGGAGGUCUUUGCUGCUGACAAACGCAUUGCCAAUUGCUCCAUCCUAAUGCGAAGGUUUUUUGAACGAGCAGAAAUAAGGCCAAUCAAACACCUAUUUGAAAUUUAUAAUGACAUUGAUACAGUUUUAGACCUACAUAUUUUUAAUGCAUAUACAGGAACAAAUGAACAGAGUUGGGUUCCCCUAUGCCGUUACGAAUUUAAUGUGUGGUCCGAAGAGCCUAUACCUAUAAAAGUUGACCUAUUUUCAAAUUUAAAAAACUAUACCGUGAGAGUAUUUAAUAAUGACACAUUAGAAGAACUUAAAAGAUCGAUGAAUAAUAUGUUAGUUCAUAAAUACUCGAAAAAUCAAAAUGGUUACACGGUCCUUUGUUAUGGAUGGUCCGACUAUAUUACAAGAAUUACUUAUAAACUGAUCAUUGCACAUAAGAAGUCCUCUUUUGGCGAGAUCGUGCAAAUUCCUAACACAUUAUUAAUUACGCAGUCAUUAAAAGACCAUUAUAUGCCAAAUUAUAAGAACAUUAUUUGUAGAUAUAUUAUUAAAAUAUACUCCUCAGUAUAUUUAACAGCGAAUCUGACUACUUCCUUUGAUAAAGUAAAUAUUUCUCUAAAGCUUUUAGAUAAAAAAGGCAAUGUAAUAAAGGAAACAUUAGGCACCCGAAGUGCUAUUCUUCCAAUUUUAAGUCUGAAUUUUAAUGAAAUCGAUACUGAAUCUGUAAUGGGACUAAUUGAUGACAUUUUUACCAAUGAGUCAAAAAUGGAAUCUGUAUCAAACGCUUAUAGUGAUAUCACGUAUUCAAAAUUAUACAAAAAAAGUACCGUGGAUAGUUUUGACACAAGAAGUAUUCGAAGUAGUAGUAUAAAGUCUGUGUCAAAUUAUAUGGAGUCUGAGUUAUUUGGUAAACAUCCAAAAAGGAAAAGUUCACAAGAGAAAACUGGUGAUGAACGGUGUUUAGGAAAUCAUUCAUAUUCGGGUACUUCGGAUGCAAAAAUUCAGCUUAAUAAAAAAAGCCAUAAGUCUCUAACAUCAAGGACUUCUGAUUCUGCCCCAAAAGGAAGAACCAAUAGCAAGCCUAUUAAUCAAAGUAAAUUUACUGAUGCAGUCUGUACCGAAUAUAUUUUAGAGGCAAAAGUGGUUGGAGACAGCUGGCCUUUAACUGCAGACGAGUAUAGCCGCGUUCAAAAACUUCGAGAGAAAAACUAUUUAAACCUUUUCAAGGAACUUAAACAAAUGUCCAGUAGAAAACUACUUAAGAAAGCAUUCGUUCCCAUAGAAGAACCCUACUGGAUUCUGGAUUUGCUUUAUAUUUCAGAAAACGAAAUAGAAUUUGUGCAGGACCGGUCCCAAAUAGAACAAAAGAAACAGAUUAAAAGUUUAUGGUUUCAAGACAUUGAUCGGUAUAGGCGAGCUAUGGAACUCAGAGCCGCCUAUCUUGAAGACUACCUAAUCGAUAGAAAUAUUGAUAUUGAUAAAACUAAAAGAAGCAAUGAUCCAAAAGAUUUUGUAACCAAAAUUAUUAAGGACGAACCUCUUGACCAGUAUUUUAUGGAAACUUCGGAACCCAUCGACGAAGAAUGUUGUAAAAUUAAACGAGAAGACGAUUAUGUAAUUAAUGAAGGCAUACUAGAUCAUAAGAUUAAAAUAGCCAAGGCUGAUCAGCAAGGAGCUACAGAAGAACUUGAAAGUCGCCUAAUAGAACAAAAAGAAGAUUUUGAAUUGCUAAAUAAGUGGUUUGAAGAAAUUAAAAAUGAUUCACAAGAGAUGCUUGACGAUGUCCUUGCAUUAAAGAAAAGAUAUCUUGAUAAACUCAAUCAGAAUAUAUCAAAAGAAAAAGGCGGAAAAAAGGGUAAAGGAAAGAAAAAAUGAGUUUUCGUAUAAAAUGUUAUUGUUCACUUAAAUAUAAAAUUAGUAUAUAAAACUCGUC